CCUCCAAGAAGCCCUGAAACACAACCAGCUGUGAGGUGUUGCACUUUCUCCUGACAUCCACGAUCACAGAGACACUUAAACCAUAGGGAACCAGCUCAAGGGCACUUUCUAUUGUCAGCAUUCUCUCUCCAUAUGAGGAUUUUUGGGAGGUGCUGAAGAAGAACAAUCUUUAAGAGAAGUUUUCACUUUCUACAAGUUUUUUUUUAAGUGAAUAAAGGCUUUUUGGGGCACAACAUGGCACUUCGGCAGAACUCUGAAAAGGAGCCAAGCAUUGAAUUGUUUAUUAAGGCUGGGCAUGAUGGCGAAAACGUGGGGAACUGCCCUUUCUGUCAGAGGCUCUUCAUGGUUUUGUGGCUGAAAGGGGUCAAGUUUACAGUCACCACUGUUGACAUGAGGAAGAAGCCAGCAGAGCUGAAAGACCUGGCCCCGGGCACCAACCCUCCUUUUCUCCUCUAUAACGGCACGCUCAAAACAGACUUCAUUAAAAUUGAGGAGUUUCUUGAACAAACACUGGCUCCUCCCAGGUAUCCUCACCUCAGCCCUCUGAACAAAGAAUCCUUUGACGUGGGGGCUGACAUUUUUGCAAAGUUCUCUGCUUUCAUCAAAAACAGCCCCAACAAUGCCAUCCAUGAGAAAAACCUUCUGCGGGAGUUUAAGCGCCUGGACAAGUACCUGAACACACCGCUCCCUGAAGAGAUUGAUCACAACUCCACAGAAACUAUCACCUUCUCCAGCAGGAAGUUUCUGGAUGGCAAUCGCCUCACCUUAGCUGACUGCAACCUGCUGCCCAAACUUCAUGUUAUCAGGGUUGCUGCCAAGAAGUACUGCGACUUUGACAUUCCAACUCAGUUCACAGGCGUGUGGCGAUACCUUCAGAACGCCGACCAGCGAGAGGAGUUUAAACAGACGUGUCCAGCUGACAUUGAGAUUGAGAAGGCUUACUUCAGUGUGGCCAAGCAGAGGAAAUAAACACCUGAUUCUCUGUUAUAUCCAAAGUAACAUUGCAGGUAGAGAUACUGGCCUGUAGAGGGCGACAUAACCUACAAGAACAAACCAUGGUAAUGAAUCAGACACUGACUGGUCUAGUAUACCUGUACCUGUUGAUGAAGUAAGACUUUGUUAAUCAUGAUGAAGCACAGUGUUAUGCUGAUGUGUUAACAUCUAUGGUGUUUUUCUGUCACACUGAAAAGGCCAAAUGUGCAAUUGAUUGUUUUGUUUAUAGUGUAAAUACAUAUUUUUUCUAGCUUUUUAUGAUUCCAAACACCCUUAUUGAAAAUGCAUGAUUGUGUAAGUGUGAGUCACAGCUGAUAGAAAUAACAAACAGUUCAUUUUUUGCAAAACUUUUUAGUACGUUUGUUUUCACCCUUUAAAACACAGUUUAAAAUGAAAUUUCCUCACGUCACACCAAAUAAAAACAUCUGAAUCUUG